CCAAAAUGGCGCAUAGUAACUCCAAUUUUUUUUUCCUGGUUUUGUCUGGUCACUAUUUUUCGGCAUCUAAUCUGUUUUAGACAUAUGCAUUGUAGAGAGCAGGAACAGAAUAUUUUAAUUCAGGAUCCAUGCGAGCAAUUCAUGCGAUAGAAUGAAUCAGGGGGCGAGGAUACUUAGUGCGUUGUCUCGCAUCGGUUAUCCGAAGGCUAACCAGUUUGAGGGAGACAGUUUUGAUUGGCUAUUCGAUUGCGAGUCAGUUGUUCCAUUCCUGGAAUGGUUUUGUGAAAAUAUCCACGAGUCAAAUGUUGUUUCCCUUGAAGAUCUGAAGAGAUUUGAUGAACUACAGUCAUCUGGUGCACAUAUUCUUGAGAGUGAUGAAGUUGACAAAACUUUAUCAAUGUUGCUGCAAGAGGAAGAAGAAUUGUCUGGUGAAACCUUGAGAAUUGAGGUUGACUUGCUAGGGAAAGAGGUACAAUUGAUGAAACAAAGACUGCAAAAGAUAGUUUCCCAAAGGAAUAAAUUAAGUCUUCAUCAUACAGGUUUGACUCACAAGCUUUCAAAACUCAGUGGUGUUGUUCAGGAACAUAAACAAAAAUACAAGAGCAGUCUUGAGUCCAGUCAAACUGACAAUACACAGAUGAACUCCACCUUAAAGCAGUUAGAAGAAUCUGUUUCACAGAUGGUGGCAUUGUACGGAGGACAAGAAGGUGGAAAUGAUUCUGAGUCAUUUUUGUCACAGCUGCCCUAUGACAGUUACUACACAUCUGAGGAGAGAUUUACUGGAGAAUUAACUGCUUAUACCAAGAAACAGUUCUUUGAGGGAAUUGCUGAGAUGGCAGGAGGACAAGAGAAAUCAAGAUAUGAACUACUGGAAAUAAGUGAUCCUUCAACCCUGCUAGUGAGAGGUGAGAAUAAUGAAGUUAACCUCAAUGACUGUGAAGAGCUUGCAAGACUGCAGUCUGUUUAUGCUUCAAGUGAAAGUAGAAGAAUUCAUAACAUGGCUACAGCAACGGGAGUUACUGCAGCAGUUAAAGCAGCUGAGGAGAAGCUAAGAAACUCAUCAUGGGAGACAAACACACCAAGCAGUGAUAUGUUAAGUGCCAAACUUACUGAAGCACAAAAAGCUCUUUCUCAAGUCAAGAUGGAGAUUGGAGAGCUCACUGAGAAGGCCCUUCCUGGAUUGGUGCAAGAGCUAGGAGAGCUUCAGGCAACAAGUAUCUUGAAAGGGGACUAUGAGUUGAAGAUAGCAAGACAAGAUUACUUUACUUCCAAACAAGAUCAGGUCAUCACCCAGCUUUUACUUCAGCGUUCUCGGCACGAGUUUCUCUCAAUGGCACUUGAGGUUGAAGGACGCAAAAACCGUGACGUUCAUCGUUUGUUCAGCACCUUGGAGAGUACGCUUGGUGAUGCAGUCAAAGGAAUUGAUGCUCGAUUUGGAGAGUAACCUUCAACAGUGUAUGAAGACAGUUUAUGGAGAAUCUGCUACGACAGGUGGUCUUCCUCAUUUGAACCCACAGCGUAUAGCAGAUGGUCUAAGUCAGUUUGAUGAACUUCUGGUCACCUUAGAGAAGUCCAUAAAAGAUAUUAUAAAAGAUUGUGAGGCCAAGAAAAAGGUCCUUCGCUCUGACAGCCUGAAGCUUAUGGAAAGGGAGCUGUUUAUAUAUUUCUUCACAGACCCUCCUCGUCUUAAACGAGCCAUCGCUGAGUUAUCAGCCCGCGUAGAUGCGCAAAUAAUUUCCACGAAAUGAGAGCUGUGUGUAUUUUACAUUUAGGUAAACACUGGCGUUGACAAUCAGUAACCCUCAACAACAGCUUUUCUUCAAAAUGUGAGCCUUUAUAUACAUAAGGUUUUGUACUACCUUAGAACGCUUAGUAUAGAUGAAUUUACCGAAAGAGCUCCCGCGGAAUGCGUCCUUAAUUUGCAUAAGAUGCCCAUGAAAGUCGCAGAAACUACGAGCGGAUAUUAACACACAACCCACAAUUCCUCUUUUCGCUCUGGCGAAGGCUAACACCCGCUCAUGUCAGCUUAAGUAACCCUGGUAAUAAUAGUCGCACUGUAACAAAAUUCCCGGGGAGUUUUAGGCCUUCCGAGCAGAAUUUCUAGGAAAACAAAUUGUUGGGUGCUCCUGUCUUUUGAGUUUCUUUCGUUGGUUUUGAUAGCCAAACAUGUACUAUGGGUUUGAUAGCCAAACAUGUACUAUGGGUUUGAUAGCCAAACAUGUACUAUGGGUUUGAUAGCCAAACAUGUACUAUUUAUAUGUAUAAAUAUAUCCGAUAAAAUACGAAUGUACUGUUUAACACGGGCAGUUUAUAAAAACACAAAACAUUUUGAAGUGUGACUAGGUUCCUUUGAAACCAACAGCUUUCUAAGUACACUGUCUGGGAUACAUGUAUACAUAAUAAUUACAGUAUUUGUUCUUCUGAUGCACCAGGCUUGGUGAUAUCUGCAAAAGGAUAUUGUUCAUCAGCUUCAAGAAGAGUUCUGGUAAAUUUGCAAAUGCACCACCUGGCCCCUGGCACCAAACUAUUUAACUUGAUCUUUCAAGACCUUCGUUCUUGACAACAAUCAGCGUAGCGUAAUACCAAGUUCAAAUAAACGCUGUCUGCCCGACUUUUAUCUACUUAGGGGGACCGACGUUUAAUCGAGAAAAUACGGUAUAUUAGUAUCAAGUCGUACACAACACCCCUACAAACUUAACAGUAUGAAGAAAUAAGUUUAUGUAGUAAAACUAAAGCUUAGACGCAAUCAAAAGCUUACCCAUACAUAUACUUGCCCUUCAGCCUUCAUCUGUCUACAUUCAUAUUGAGACUUUGUCUUUGACUGUGAAACAACUUGUCAACUAAAAGACAAACAAGAGGAUUUAAGUUACUCUAUUUAAGUAAGAGUACCAAAAGACGGCUAACGGAGAAAAUAAACGCUAAUUUGUAACAAA